CGGCAUCAGGCAGCGGCAACAAGACGCUUUCGACGCCAAUUUAUCAACAGCAGGUUUUUCCGGGGGAAAUCAGGCUGCGAUGGAGCUCAAAAAGCACGGUCCACAUGGUGGAUCAGGAUCCAGAGCUCUCCACAAGUUCAACACAGGCGCUGGGGCAAGUAAGAUUGAGGCGCUGGGCCUCGAUCCUGCUAGAUUGGAUAUUCCGCUUCCAUAUCAAUAAUGUCUAUGCUAGCUUCUACGAUUGAAACUUAGGGAUACUAGCGGCGAUCGCGCCAAAUUGCAUCUCCCUGUGGGAGCAGUCUAAUCAGCUCAAAGCUGCUGAGGCUCUCCUGACCAAUUGCCGCUGGAAUCGGUCGUACGUUAUCUUGCUGGUGGUGUAUAGAUGCUAGCUUCUUGCUAGAUGCCAGCAGUGCGCAAGCAUUCACAACACCAUUGCUGGCAAGAAGCCAGACAAGAUGGCGGCGGAGCGCCCUUCUCUCAAAUACUCCCGCCUACCAAAAGACGAUGAGAGUGACGCGCAGAGAACGAGCGUCAGACAGCGCUUCCCAGAGCCUGAAGAGAGCAACGUCCCCGACCUUCGCUUCACAUACACCCUCCCCGAGACAGUGCCCUGGAAGUCAAUCUUCCUGGCGUUGUUUCUUCUGACCUUCGGGACGCUGACGCUUCUUCUGGCUUACCUCAUUGGGACGGGGCAUAUGGGGGGGGAUAGGGAGCAGGUCAUCGGCUUCACAAUUCUGGGCAUCCUCCUGUUUCUACCUGGGUUCUAUGAGACAAGGAUCGCUUACUACGCCUGGCGAGGAGCUAAAGGCUACAAGUUCUCGAGUAUACCUGUAUAUUAGAUGUGAUCUUUAGUACUUCGUUUUCUUAUUACAUGACAGAGAUCAGGAAAUGUUGAAUCAAGGUUGUUUUGUAGACUCAGUUUGCCGACCUGCCAGGGUGCGGUCUCAGGUAUGGGUGUUCAGAGGUCGUUUUGGUGUGGCAGAGCUUUUGGCAGCCCAGCUUGACAGCAUUGUCCAGGUGGUUGCCUGCGCUCGAACAAGUAUCUUGCGAGGCAAAACUAACCAGAUUCUGAAGAGUCUUGCCGCAAGCAGUGUUCCGAACAUGAAGUUCACAUGAUGUUCUGAGCUUAAAGGCUUGACGACUCGGAGACGCUGACUGCAAAAUACUCCCUCCAAUCUAGCUUGACCGUCGGUACCCACAGUCAUGAAUCACGG